AUGCUUUAGGAAAGAUUAAGAAAUUUCAAGGAACUCCGAGCUAAAUUUCAAAAUCUCGAUGUACCAUCUCUUCCAGGACCUAUUAAAAUCUCAGCAGGUGUUUCUCAAAAGGGUAAUGUUAGAAGCACACAGACAACAAGGACUUUGGCCAAUGGGAAACCCUUCUCAUCUAACUAUAGUCAGCUCCCACCAUAUUGUUCCAGUGGUGAACCCCAGCCUCUUAAACCCCAGAAAAUGAAGUUUGCCCAGAAGAGUGAGAGUCAUAAAUGUUCUAAUUCUCUAACACCUCCAGGAAGGUCUAAUGGCUCUGCAGUAAAUUCACAGACGGCUUCUCAGCUUUUAAACAUGGAUCAGUUAAAUGCUAAGACUACCAGUAAGGAAGAAAUUGUGACAAGUAGCUUCAGAGACAAGCUCUGGAACUGGGAGAAGGUUUCAUCUCAGAAAAAUGAGAUGUCAUCAGGCUUUCCCCUUGCCAGUUGUGGCAGUAGCAUCUUCCACCUGGAAGAACAGAAAAGCAUGGGACUUUCUCCAGAGGAGCCCAGGAAAAAGCUAGAAAUAAAAGGAACCCAGACUCUUCCCUCCAAGAGGCAUUUGAUGGCCCAAAGAAAAUUACGUGCCGCCUCUGAAGUUCCCACUUUUCUACUUGCUCAACAUGAAAGGAAGAGCCUAGAGCACCCCAAUCCUGAGAGGACCCCAACAGCGAAUGCCUGCCAGCCUAUCUAUGAGCAGGAGCUCAGCAGCCAGGCCCCAGAAAAACAGGCAGAUGUCAAGCAUCACCAACUUGCCAAAACGAAGCCACUGCCUUCCAUGGAUUCUCUGGGUCCUCCUCCUGCAAAGCCACCGAAGCCCCCAGCUGUGAACCUCCAGGCCUUCCAGAGGCAGACAGGUGUUCCCAAGACCUGCAAGGAAGCAGCUGUGGAAGAGGGUUACCUGCCUCCAGAGAGGGCAUUCAAUGCUGAAUUUGAAGAGCCACAUAAUUAUGAGGCAACAAUUUCAUAUCUGAGACAUCCUGGCAACUCCAUUAACCUGUGCACUGCAAAAGAAAUUGCUGAUUCAACUUAUGAAGUUGAAAUUGAAGAACUCCAAAAGCCUUGGAAGAAUUUUCUCCAUCAAGAACUUAGCCCUAAACAUGAAGAUGAAGAUAAAACAAUGAAGGAAAAGGAGCCAUCUGGAUUAGAACCUCGAAAAACAGCAAAGGAUCUACACUCGAACCAUCUUUUCAAGGUAUCUGUGUUCUUGGGUUCCAGACCAAACGAAUUUACCUCUGGUAUUAGAAGUUGUUCUUCAAGGGGUUUCUCUGUUUUCCUUACAGGUGGGUAUGCAGAGGCCUUGGAGGUGACUAAAGAAACACCAAGCCAAGGGGCCUUUAAGCCAAAUUCCAUCUCAGAGGAGACGUACGAUGACGUCGAGUACUCUAGGAGACAGGGAUCAAAGUCAGACUUCUCUAACUCAUUUGCCUCAGAAAAUGAAGAAAAUAGUGAAAAAACGUAUGAAGAUGUCUACAAAACAAAGAGCAACUACUCAAAGAUGGAUUCAGAUGGAAAAGAAACACUUAAAAGACUGCAGAGGUUCUUCAAGAAAGAAAAGGAUAGAUUUAAGAUGAAGAAAACCAAGUCAAAAGAAAACAUAAGUGCAUUUUCCAUUUCACUGCCUGAUUUAGAAUUUAGGUCUCAAGAAGUUAUUAUCCAUGAUGACGUGAACAUAAAUGAAAAAGAGUCAAAAGAUGAAGAUAAAGUAAAAGCUUGGAAGCCCAAGUUUUUAGUACCAAAGGAAAAACAAGAAAAAACUGCUGAAGAAUCAGAAAGUUUAUCUCCAAGAAAUUUCUUCAGAACCAAGAAGCAAAACUUAGGAAAAAAAAGAAUGGAAAGAGAAAAACGUUUUAGAGAAAGAUUUGAGUAUGACAAGGAGAUUACUGUCAUCAACACAGCAGUGGCAUGUUCCAAUAAUUCAAGAAAUGGAAUAUAUGAUUUGCCAAUAACCCCUGGAGAAGAACUGGAAGUCAUUGAUGUCACUGAAGAAAACCUAGUAAUAUGUCGUAAUUCUAAAGGCAAAUAUGGAUAUGUACUAAUUGAACAUCUAAAUUUCAAGUAA